UUCACACAUCUGUACUUGUCUUUUCAGCAGGUUGGCUCAAAACCACCUUACUGAGCAACACUGUUAGCCAGUUCCAUGAGCUGAUCGCCCCAUUUCCCAUGGCAAAUCCUACACAAGGUCGUUCCUCUUCCAUCCUCCCAGUAUCUGGACGGCAGGCACCUCAACAGGCCGUCCUCCUCUGGGCUGCUCCACAGUUCGUGUCAAAGUGUGGGCUGCACGUGCUGCAUCAUGGAAGAAGAAAGCCUCCUCGCCGCAGUUUCGCAUGCUCAGCCUCCAGGCUUCCUUCCACCGAACCACCCUAUGUUGAGGAGAUGUUGGCACGAGAAAAUAUAAGGACGCGCAACACGGAACGGAAGGCUAGAAUACAAAAACAUCUGGGAAAACCUGAAUUCUCGCCAUCUGCAUAUGACACAGCAUGGGUGGCUAUGGUGCCAUUGCCAGACACAGAUCGGCAGGCUCCAUGCUUCCCUCAGUGUGUUGAAUGGAUAUUGCAAAAUCAACACUGUAGUGGUUCUUGGGGUAUCAACCAAUUCGGCUUAUUAGCAAACAAGGAUAUUCUGUUAUCAACGUUGGCUUGUAUCAUUGCACUUAAGAAAUGGAACGUUGGCUCCGACCACAUAAGUAGAGGACUAGAAUUUAUUGGAAGGAAUAUCUCCACUGUAAUGGAUAAGCAGAUUGUUUCUCCUAUAGGCUUCAAUCUCAUUUUCCCUGGUAUGUUUAACCAUGCUAUCAGGAUGGGUUUGGAAUGUCCAGUCAGAGAAACUGAUAUCAGUGGGAUACUUCACCUUUGUGAGAUGGAGCUGAGAAGAUUGGCUGGUGAGGAAUCUAAUGGGAAAGAAGCAUAUCUUGCCUUUGUUGCUGAAGAAGGGUUGGUAAGCCUGCUGGACCGCAAUGAAGUUAUGAACUUCCAGAGAAAGAAUGGGUCGUUGUUCAACUCUCCUGCUGCAACGGCCGCUGUAUUAGUCCACCGCUAUGAUGAUAAAGCUCUCCAAUACCUCAAUUCCAUUGUCAGUAUAUUUGGCCGUACGGUACCAACAGUGUACCCACAGAAUAUAUAUUAUCAGCUCUCAAUGGUGGAUAUGCUCGAAAAGAUCGGAAUAUCUCGGCACUUCUCCAGUGAGAUAAACAGUAUCCUGGACAAGGCGUACAUUUCCUGGUUACAGAGAGAUGAGGAAAUAAUCCAAGAUGUAGAAACAUGUGCAAUGGCGUUUCGCCUUUUACGGAUGAAUGGAUAUGAUGUUUCGUCAGAUGAGUUGUCCCAUGUUUCUCAAGCCUCCACUUUCCAUGACUCACUGGAAGGAUAUUUAAAUCAAACAAAAUCUUUAUUAGAGUUAUACAAGGCUUCAAAACUAUGUUUGUCAGAAAACGAAUUGAUCCUGGAGAACAUAAGUAACUGGUCAGGCCGCUUAUUGACAGAAAAGUUGUGCUGUAGUGGGACAAAAAGAACGCCAAUUCUUGGAGAGGUAGAAUAUACUCUUAAAUUUCCAUUUUAUGCAACUGUGGAAACUCUAGACCGUAAGAGGAACAUUGAACAUUUUGACUCUAGGGUUUCUCAACAGCUAAAGACAAAAAACUUGCUGUGUCAUGUUAAUCAAGAUAUUCUAGAUUUUGCCAUUGAAGAUUUCAGUAUUUCUCAAUCUAUAUACCAGGAUGAACUCAGACACCUCGAGAGGUGGGAGAAAGAAAACAGGCUGCACCAGCUAAGAUUUCUACGCAAGGGGAGUCUGAUAAAUUGUUAUCUCUCUGCUGCUGCAACCAUAUCUGCUCAUGAAUUCUCUGAUGCUCGCAUUGCAUGUGCGAAAGCUAUUGCGCUCGUACUUGUUACUGAUGACUUCUUUGAUGUUGGAGCAUCCAAAGAAGAACAAGAAAACCUCAUAGCAUUAGUAGAGAAGUGGGAUCACCAUCACAAAGUUGAGUUCUACUCCGAGCAAGUAGAAGUAGUAUUUUCUGCUUUUUAUACCACAGUUAAUCAGCUUGGAGAAAUGGCUUCUGCAGUACAGAACUGCGAUGUUACAAAGCACUUGGAUGAAACAUGGCUACAUUACAUGAGGUCUGUGGCAACCGAGGCAAAAUGGCAACGGAAUCAAUAUGUGCCAACAGUUGAGGAAUACAUGACAGACGCGCUUACCUCAUACGGGAUGGGCCCGAUUAUGCUCACAUCACUGUAUUUUGUCCAAAACAAACUUAUGAAGCACAUUAUCAAAGACCCGGAGUACAGUGAGUUGCUUAGACUAAUGGGUACAUGUGGCCGUCUCUUGAAUGAUACUCAAGGCUUUGAGAGGGAAUCCAGAGACGGAAAACUGAACAUCAUCUCACUGCUUGUUCUUCAGAGUGGAGGUUCCAUGUCCAUAGAAGCUGCUCAAGAGGCGACACAGGAGUCUGUAGCCUCAUGUCGGAGAGACCUGCUAAGGAUGGUUGUCAGAGAAGACCGUGUUGUUCCUAGACCAUGCAAGGAGGUGUUCUGGAGGUUUUGUAAGACAGCUCACUUGUUCUACUGUCACACCGACGGAUUUUCCUCCCCCAAGGAAAUGCUCCACGCGAUGAAUGCAAUAUUUAGAGAGCCACUUAAACUUCAAACUAGCAGUCCGUUGGCUGUUCAAUCAGAAAAAUAAUUAAGGAUUCCUUGAGUCAGCACGUCCUGCACACGGGUACAUAUGAAUCCGCCUUUCAAAAAUGUACUUUUAACGCGUUUUGUAAUGUCCAAAAAUUCUAAACAAAAUUUUGUGCAUACAUGUUUGCAAAAGUAUGUCCCCGGCACAAAGUUUUGUGAAAAAAAGUAUUUUUAUUUUGUCUCCGUAAAAAAGACAAAUUUUAGUGCUUCUAAAUAGCGUUUCGCGGCGCAAUAUUUUGUCUUUUUUGCACAGGCUGUAAAAAAAAAGUUGUUUUUCCAUGAAACUUUCUGCACACACAUAGAAUAUGGAGAUGUGCGCGCCCUUCUUUUUUCAGAACGUUUUGACAUUUUAAAAUGUGUUUUUCAAAGUGGGUUCAUAUGUACCCGAGUUCAUCCAUGCACUUCCCAGGAUUCCUUAUGCUAUUAUCCUGAUCAUAUAUGGAUGACAAGGAAAUAUACCAAGUGACAAGAGUAAAUGCGACAGUAAUCAUAUGAACCUUACAAAUGAAUCACUCACCGGUAUCUGACUGAUAUGCAUGCCGCCAGUUAAAGGGCAGCAACUCAAUAAAGGAUCUCCGUCAUGUGGUCUGAACUCAGAACCUUCUUUGUCAAUGGCAUAGUUAGCUCGAGGUGAUGUUUUUCUUGCGAUGCUUUUGUCAAAAACUUUAUUGAGCAUUGUAAGCUGGUAUGCCCAGCAAAUUUAUUUUAGCAAUCAAUCGAAGCUACAAAUUUCUCAGUCUUCAAAUCGAGCAUUUUUAUCUAAAAAAAUGACUCUUUGCACAUUUUCCCACUGAAACAGCUACAAAUUUCUCAGUCUCAGCUCUGCAUUAAAGUAUCGAGUUUUCAAAUUUGUGAAUAGUAUUAUAGUAUGUUGUGUCUAUCAUUUGAAAAAAGAAUAAAAA